AUGCACAGUGAUAUUGCUGUCACUUUCUCAGCCCUGCAGGUUUGUCAGAACCCAGUGACCACCUGGAACUGGUGGUUCAUUCUGACUGUGGAAGGUGAACACAAGCUAUUCUGCCACCUGGACCCCGAAAAACAGUCCAAUGGACAGUUCCAAGCCCUGAUCCUGGGUCCUGUCAUGGCCCAUGGAAAGAGCUUGACCUUCUUGUGUUGCUCUGAUGUUGGUUACAAAACAUUCUCUCUGUCCAAGAAAAAGAUACAUCACCUUCCCCAGAGUUAUGGCCAGAACUUCUCUGAGGAUGACUUCCCUUUGGGCCCUGUGAGCAUCUCCCAUGGGGGCCAGUACAGCUAUUCAGUGGACACAACCUCUCCUCCGAGUGGUCGGCCCCCAGUGACCCCCCUGGACAUCCUGAUCGCAGGACAGACCCCUGAGACACCCUCCCUCUCGGUGCAACCAGGCCCCAUGGUGGCCUCAGGAGAGAACAUGGCCCUGCUGUGUCAGAUGCAAAGUCAGUGGUGGAGAGACGAGGGACAGGAGGGGCACUGGGCUGGGGUGGAGGGGGUCCCACAGCAGCCUUGUUCACCAGAGAGCCUCAGGGCUCCAGUGGCUACUGGUGCUCCAGGGGGAGGGGAAGCAGCCACACCUCUGUAUUCCAAAUCCCCCACAGGAAACUCUUCUCCAUGGCUGAGUCUGGGCCAGAAAGCCGGAGCACCUGCAGGGACCCUCCCCAAACCCAGCCUCUGGGCUGAGCCAGGCUCUGUGAUUACCUGGGGGAGCCCCAUGACCCUCUGGUGCCAGGGGACCCUGGGUACCCAGGGUUACCAUCUCACCAAGGAAGGAAGCCCCAUGACCUGGUACCAACAGAGCCCACCAGAGCCCAGCAACAAGACCGACUUCUUCAUCCCAUCCAUGAGAGAGCACCACGCAGGGAGAUACCGCUGUCACUAUCGCAGCCCUGCAGACUGGUCAGAGCGCAGUGACCCCUUGGAGCUGGUGGUGACAGGAGCCUACAGAACACCCACUCUCUCAGCCCUGCCGAGCCCUGUGGUGGCCUCAGGAGAGAACGGGACCAUCCAGUGUAGCUCAAGGGUGGGGUUUCACAGGUUCCUUUUGAUUGAGGAAGGAGAAAACAAGCUCUCCUGGACGCUGGACUCACAGGAACCCUCCAAGGGGCUGUCCCUGGUCCUGUUCCCUGUGGGCCCCGUGACCGCCAGUCACCGGUGGAUGUUCAGAUGUUAUGGGUAUUACACGGACAUCCCCUGUUGGUCGGAACCCAGUGAUACCACGGAGAUCCUGGUCUUAGGCGUGUCUAGGAAGCCCUCCCUCCUGACCCUGCAGGGCCCUGUCAUGGUCCCUGGAGAGAACCUGACCCUGCAGUGUGGCUCUGAUGUCGGCUACGACAGAUUCGCUCUGUACAAGGAGGGGGGACAUGACCUCUUCCAGCGCCCUGGCCGGCAGCCCCAGGCUGGGCUCUCCCAGGCCAACUUCACCCUGGGCCCUGUGAGGGGCUCCCACGGCGGCCAGUACAGAUGCUCCAGUGCACACAACGUCUCCUCCGAGUGGUCGGCCCCCAGUGACCCCCUGGACAUCCUGAUCGCAGGACAGAUCCCUGACAGACCCUCCCUCUCAGUGCAGCCGGGCCCCACGGUGGCCUCAGGAGAGAAUGUGACCCUGCUGUGUCAGUCACGGGGCUGGAUGGACACUUUCCUUCUGACCAAGGAUGGGGCAGCCCAUCACCCGCUGCGUCUGAGAUCAGAGCACCGAGCUCAGCAGCACCAGGCUGAAUUCCCCAUGAGUCCUGUGACCUCAGCCCACGCGGAGACCUACAGGUGCUUCAGCUCACGCACAUUCUUCCCCUACUUGCUGUCUCACUGCAGUGACCCCCUGGAGCUCGUGGUCUCAGCCUCACACCCUCAGGAUUACACAGUGGAGAAUCUCAUCCGCAUGGCCGUGGCUGGCUUGGUCCUGGUGGUCCUCGGGAUUCUGCUGUUUUAGGAUUGGCACAGCCAGAGAAGCCCCCAAGAUGCAGCCAGGAGGUAA